AUGGAGAGUCGUAAUAUUUCAAAAGUUUUAAGUAACCACUCAAAAUCUAAAAGGACAGCUUUGGGCGAGGUUUCUAAUACUCAAAAGUCUAAAGAGUCUGCAAUAAAGCGUUGGCUACAGUCUGAUACGCGUGAUUCUGAUUCCUCAAAGGAAACACCACUCACGAUAAAGGAGGAAAGUGAGAAAGAACUCACACAGAAAACAGUAAUUUUUAAUGGUACACAUGAAAUAAAUAUACCGACACCAAGAAAGGUAGCUUCACCUACAAAAGCUACUUGGUAUUUACCAAGAGUUGUCAUUCCUAUUAUGUCCCCGCCAGAAGUGACGGUUAAUAAAUCGAACUUUGAAACUAUAAAAUCUAAUGAAAGUUCUUUAUCAACAAUCAAGAAAAACUCGAAAAGAUCAAAGUCUAGUUCAAAGAAAAGUCAAUCCAAUAAUAAUAAUAAUUCUUUAUUAAAUUGGUUUAGUCCUGCUACUUCAUCAAAGGAUCAACAAAGUGGAAGUGUCAAUCCUCAAAAUGACACCAAAUCUACCUUUGAUGGCGAAAAUCCUACCAUUUUUAUAGAAAUCAGUAGUUCAAAUAAUGAAUUAUCAGAAUCUCGACCAAUUGCAAAUAUUGGCAAGAGGAAACUACAAAAAAACAAUGAAUUCGAUAAUGCUGUCGUCUCUUCAUUACCAGCUUUUGAAAAUGUGGAUCUAGGAGCGAUUGACAUGAGUUUAGUUACAGAUAUAUUAAAACUAUACGAUUUUAUUGUGAAAUUUGAGAAACCUUUGGGAUUAGAUAUUGAAUAUAAUGGAAAUAAAUUACAAUAUGCCCAUCUUGAAGAAAUGGUUUUGGACGACCGUUUCCAUACGCGCCUUGCUUAUUUACAAUCUGGAUUGCUCUCUUUCCUUUACAAUGAAUCUGAAGAAGGAUGCGACAUAGAUAUUGUUAAUAUUCAAUAUUAUCUUAUUGAAAGAUUUCCUAACAAGAAAUUUCUUCUCGAAAAAGAAUAUUCCGAAUUUAGUCCGAGAGAACGAAUGUCUAUAUUUACCGAUAUUAUAAAUGAAGCAUUACGCACCAAUAAACUUCGUGAAUAUAUAAAAGAAUUGACAAUUCCAGCAAAUCAUAGGAAAGAAAAUGAGAUUAGAACGGCAAAAAUGAAAGAGAUUAACUUUAAAAUCAAUGAAACACGUGUCAGAAUAGUUAACAAAGAAAAUGAGAUUAAAGAUAUCGAAAAGCAAUUGAAGGAAAAACCCUCAAGUUUUGAGGACGAAAGUAAUAUUGUGGAUUUGUCAAAUGCUAUCACUAAACGUCAAAAAAUUGUUGCAAAACGCAAGGCUGAGCAAGAAAUAUUAAGUGAACUCAAUGAACAACGAAAAGUUACAACAGAUGAAAUUGAACUACUGCACCAUAAAUUAGAUAAAUUGGAAGCAGAAUAUAAGGAACUUAACAUGUUGAACAAGACUGAACGAGAUCAUGCAAAUUGUACUCUACGAGGUGGUACGAUUUUGAAUCCAUUGGGGCGUGACGAAAGAUUUUAUACGAUGGUCAGAUUAGGACAAGAUCGGGAUGGUAGAUACUAUUGGUUCUUUAGAACAUUGGGAGGCGUAUUUGUUGAAACUAUUAAAUGGAAUUACCCAGAGGAAUUGGAUGAUUCUAAUGAUUCAUCUCUUCCACUGACCUCUCUGUUGGAAUGGCAGUUUAUUAAUGGGAUUGGAAAAUUUAGAAUGUUUAUGGCAGGUCUCAAUACACGCAAUGAGAGGGAAAGAAGUUUAAAAGUAAAUCUUAAGAUUAUGGAGAAAGAAAUUGAACCUUCAUUUGACAAGCUUAAUUUAUGGCUCGAAAAGAAAAGAGAUAUUAAAGACGAGCCAAUGAAAGUUGAUUGUGAAGAAGUCAAAAGUAUUAUGAGUCAACGUCAAAAAAGCUUCUGGAAAUUAUUUGAUACAGUCAUCCGUAAGAAAGACGUCUGGUCAAUAGAAGAAUAUCAUACAAUAAUGGAAGAAUGUGUGAAAAGAAAAAUCGCGGAUUUUGAAAAAAUCUUGAAACAUGUUGAACCAAAUUUGGUUUUUAAAGAUCCUCAAUCAAAUUCAAAAGUUAGUGCUAUCGACUUUGUAAAUGAAGUCAAGAAUAUGAUCUCUGAAACUGGACUUAAAUUUUCAGAUAACGAUAACUCAUUUAUAGCCAGUUCUAAAAAAGAUAAGAAUUGGGAUUGGCUUUAUAAUGCUGUAGUAGAUUGGUAUUCAUUAGAUAUUAGAACAUUUUCUACAUUAGCUGUUUGGUUGGACGUAAUGAUAGAAGCCGGUGAACCCGUGGUAAGAUCAAUCAAGAAACGUAUGAAAGAGCAGCUUGCAGAAAAAUUCAAAUGUCCGAUGCGUUUACGAGACAAAAAAAACAAAGUAGUCAACUAUAAAGAGGAAAUUAUAGAUGAUGAGAUUGAGGAAGGUGAUUUUGAAGAGCAAAAUCUGCCACCAUCUAAGUGGAGUUUUCGCGAAAGAAAGAGGGUAGCUUAUAAAUAA